UGUUUACCACGUUCGGAAGGAGAGAUACCCCGGUAUCAGCAGCGACGAGUUCCGAUCUCCGACCCCGUCGGUCGCGGUGGACAUGCGCCAGGGUAAACUCAUUCGGGAGCAAGCGAGACGGCCGUUCCGAUGCGUCUGAUACAUGAUGCUUUUACGCCUCAUGUACAGAUUCGCUCGUAGCUCCGAGUUACAUUGAGCAUGCUCAAGUGAUUUUUCUGCUCGCGGGACCACUGCAAGCGGGACAGGAUUCUUGCGAAACUCCGAGGGGCCGAUGGAUUCACCGUGCAUUAAGCUCCUCCGGCUCGGUAGGAAGUCCUACACGGAUGCUUUGAGAAUUCAGGAUCAAAUCGCUUCCAAAUUGAAGAGUCAGCUAGAAUCAAAAUCCAAGCCAGAUAAUACACUCAUAUUCGUUGAGCAUGAGCCGGUGUAUACGAUCGGCAUCCGUACCAGCAACUACGAUGUCAAACAGCAGCAGCAACUCGAGAAAUUGGGGGCGAGCUUUGUACGCUCUGAUCGGGGCGGUCUCAUAACGUUCCACGGCCCGGGCCAACUCGUCGUCUACCCAAUCAUUCACCUCCAUUCGUUCCAAGUCGCGAGAACAGUACGUUCAUAUGUUUACCAACUCGAGCAGUCGAUCAUCAACACAUGCCGAAAGUUCGGCGUGGAAACCGAGCGCACUGCGGAUACGGGAGUUUGGCUCAAAGGUCGGGAUUUUAAAAUUGCGGCUAUCGGUAUUCAUUGCUCGAGAUAUGUCACGACGCACGGACUGGCUCUGAAUUGUGAUACGGAUCUCACAUGGUUUGAACAUAUAGUUCCAUGCGGCUUAGCAGGCAAAGGAGUCACGUCACUGAGUCGUGAGCUAGGCGCGAAGGUGUCGAUCGGGGACGUGGAGCCGGUCUAUGUGGAGGCCUUCGAACAAGUUUUUCGCUGUCGUGUUGAGAAGUGAUUGUACAUCACUCUAUGCAUCAAUCUAUCCUUAAUAAAUUCU